GUUCACGCCAGGUUCCCAGUGCUUCCAAACUCCUCUGGCAGCGGCCUGCGAGAAAAGUGUGGCUAGUCUGCCGGAAGCCGCAUCAAUGGCGUCUGUGCUGUCCUACGAGAGCUUGGUCCAUGCUGUGGCAGGAGCCGUGGGAAGUGUGACUGCAAUGACAGUGUUUUUUCCCUUGGACACAGCUAGACUUCGGCUUCAGGUUGAUGAGAAAAGAAAGUCCAAAACUACACACAUGGUGCUGCUGGAGAUCAUUAAAGAGGAAGGCCUCCUGGCACCGUACCGAGGGUGGUUUCCAGUUAUUUCCAGUCUCUGCUGCUCCAAUUUUGUCUAUUUCUACACUUUUAAUAGCCUCAAAGCAGUCUGGGUCAAAGGUCAACGUUCUACUACUGGAAAAGAUCUGGUAGUUGGAUUUGUGGCAGGAGUGGUGAAUGUGUUGCUAACAACUCCGCUGUGGGUGGUAAACACCAGACUGAAGCUGCAAGGGGCAAAAUUUCGGAAUGAAGACAUUGUACCAACCAACUACAGAGGCAUUGUUGAUGCUUUUCACCAGAUCAUUCGAGAUGAAGGUGUCUCGGCUUUGUGGAACGGCACAUUUCCCUCGUUGCUGUUGGUCUUCAAUCCUGCCAUCCAGUUCAUGUUCUAUGAAGGUUUAAAACGGCAGCUUUUAAAGAAACGGAUGCAGCUUUCUUCUUUGGAUGUAUUCAUCAUUGGUGCAAUAGCCAAAGCAAUUGCCACCACGGCCACCUAUCCCUUGCAGACAGUACAGUCAAUUCUGAGAUUUGGACGUCACAGACUAAACCCAGAAAACAGAACGCUGGGGAGUCUUCGGAAUGUCCUCUAUCUUCUUCAUCAGCGAGUCAAGCGUUUUGGAAUACUGGGACUCUACAAAGGCCUUGAAGCCAAACUGCUUCAGACAGUCCUCACCGCCGCACUCAUGUUCCUUGUUUACGAGAAGCUCGCGGCUGCCACCUUCACCGUCAUGGGGCUGAAGCGCGCGGCCCCCAAGCCCUGAGCCGGCCUGGGACAGAGCAGAGCCUCUGGAGACG